AUGUCGGUGAAAAGUCUCCCGUACUCCGUCGAAAAGAGCCCUUCGGUGUACGAUGAGUACGAGUUUGAGCUGCCGGAGUUCUAUCGUCGAAUUGCCAAGGAAGAACUCGGUGAAGACGACUCGGUCCGGGAGCGCUCGUUGACAGAAAUGCGACAAUGGAUCGCGAACAAUCCGCACAUCCGGAAGUGUCGAACGGAUGGCAAGUUUCUGCUGAGAUUCCUUCGCUUCCAGAAGUUCUCCGUCCCGAUGGCCUGUGAGGCGCUCGAGCGUUACCUAUCCGUCAGGGAGCUGUACCCUAGCUGGUUUAAGCAGCUGGAUUGUAACGAUACGUUGAUGAAGGAGAUCUGUGGAUACGCCCCCUUCACCUACCUUGGGCAGGAUAGCGCUGGCCGCAUGGUGAUGCUCAUCCGGUUCGGGCGCUUCCAUACUGAGAAGCAUACGGCUCUCCAAGACGGGCGAUACAUGGCGCUAAUGAUGGAGACCGUGCUCGAGUGGGAAGAAACACAAAUCGGAGGAUGUCAAGUGCUGGUAGUGUACGAUGGCUGCAUGGUGAAUAAUUUCGAAAAGUGGAGCACGUCUGAGCUGAAAAUCAUCAUGGACGCGUAUAGUCGCUCGUUUCCGUUCCGUUACCAUGAAAUGCAUGCUGCCGGGUUACAAAAAUUUGGCCGCCCUGUUGUUGAGACGUUUAUCUCGUUUGCUCAUUCGAAAAUGCGCGAAAAAAUUAAUUGCUACUCGUCAAUCGCUGAACUUGAGAAGUACAUCGAGCCAUCGAUGAAGCCGAAAGAAUACGGUGGCGCAGUUGAUUUAAGUCAGCUGAACCACGCUUUCCGUAAGCGAAUCGAGGAACAACGAGAGAUCACUCUGGGACUCGAUCGAAUGGAAAUUGAUGUCGAACACUACGCAUCGGUAUGGGAUUCCGAGGAACCACUCCCGGCGGACGCGGGUACUGGGGCCGUUUUCAAACAGCUAAACAUGUGA